CAAAUCAGACGGAGACAGUCAGUCAUCCCAUCGCAAACCAGCCUUAGUCAGUCCAAAUCCCAGCACCCAAUCUCAAGCCAAAAUGUUCGACUGGACCGGUAAGAAUGUUGUCUACGUUGGCAGCUUCAGCGGAAUUGGCUGGCAGAUGAUGAUGCAGCUCAUGGAAAAGGACAUCAAGAUGAUGGGCAUCAUGCAUCGCAUGGAGAACGUCGAGAUGAUGAAGAAGCUGCAGGCCAUCAAUCCCGCCGUUAAGGUGGUUUUCAUGCAAAUGAACCUUAUGGACAGGAUGUCCAUUGAUCAGGCGAUGAGGAAAAUGGGCCAGAUGAUGGGCCACAUCGAUGUCAUGAUCCACGGCGAGGGUGUCCUGCUCGACAAGGAUGUGGAGACGACGAUGGGCAUGAACCUGACUGGCAUGAUCCAUUCCACCAUGAUGGCCAUGCCGUACAUGGACAAGACCCAAAUGGGCAUGGGCGGCAUGGUGGUCAACAUGUCCUCCGUUUAUGGCCUGGAGCCAGCACCCGCCUUUGCCGUCUAUGCAGCCGCCAUGCAUGGCAUCCUCGGCUUCACCCGCUCAAUGGGUGACAAGACAAUCUACCAGAAGACCGGCGUCAUGUUCAUGGCCAUGUGCCCAGGACUGACCAACAGCGAGAUGAUGGCCAACCUGCGCGACAACGUCACCUGGCACCAUUCCGAGUCCAUGGUGGAGGCCAUCGAGAGUGCCAAGCGCCAGAUGCCCGCGGAGGCUGCCAUCCAAAUGAUCCACGCGAUGGAAAUGAUGAAGAACGGCAGCAUGUGGAUCGUCAAUAUGGGCCAGCUCAAGGAAGUCAUGCCCACGAUGCACUGGCAGAUGUGAAAAGCGAGAUGGUUAAUAAAGAGUGCCAGGAUUGAGAGAUUAUAAUAUCUAAA